AUGGAACCGGCGACUUCUAGAGUUCGAUCCAUAAAUGCGUCGGAGAACAAACGCCGGGGAGUUGAAUUUGGAAGUUCGGUUCUGGAAGGCGAAGGGAAGUUGGAACUAGAAGGAGAUCUUUUUGGGGAAAAUAAAAGGUUCCUCAUUCCUUUAUACGGCAUGGCAAUGAAGAGAUCAAAGCUGGUUCAAUUUCUUCAAGAAUCAAAAUAUAUAGAAAGGAGAAGAACUGAUCAGCUGAGAUCUGCCAAUGAUCGAUCAGGUUUUGGGAGAGGCGUGUGA